GCGCUGCAGCCACAGGCGGGGGAAGCCCUCACACAGUAGUACAGUGUCUCCGCUGCAGACCGCACUCUGCUGGCUCCGAGCUGGGGGCAGCGCGUCUAAACGGACCGAAAACCACUCAAACAUCGCCCACAAAAGCUGCUGCAUUGAUUGGUGUCUUAAGGAGACAUGGCCGAUAAAAGUUUGAACGAGUCGGUCACCGCGGACCCGGCGAACAGGUUCGCUCGGAGAGGCGCUUUGAGGCAGAAAAACGUCUUCGAAGUCAAGGACCACAAAUUCAUUGCCAGAUUCUUCAAGCAGCCGACUUUCUGCAGCCACUGCACCGACUUCAUCUGGGGUUUUGGAAAACAAGGAUUCCAGUGCCAAGUUUGCUGUUUUGUGGUCCACAAGAGGUGCCAUGAAUUUGUCACGUUCUCCUGCCCAGGGGCAGAUAAGGGGCCCGACACAGACGAUCCCAGAACAAAGCAUAAGUUCAAGAUCCACACCUAUGGGAGCCCAACCUUCUGCGAUCACUGUGGCUCUCUGCUCUACGGCCUCAUCCACCAGGGCAUGAAGUGUGAUUCCUGCGAUAUGAAUGUCCAUAACCAGUGUGUCAUGAACGUGCCCAGCAUGUGUGGAACUGAUCACACUGAAAGAAGGGGGCGUCUUUACCUGAAGUGUGAGGUCACCGGGGAGAAGCUGCAGGUCACAGUGGGUGAAGGCAGAAACCUCAUCCCCAUGGACCCCAAUGGCCUGUCUGACCCAUAUGUGAAGCUCAAGCUCAUACCAGAUCCCAAAAAUGAGACCAAGCAGAAGACCAAAACAAUCCGCGCCAACCUCAACCCCAAAUGGAACGAGACUUUUGCUUUCAAGCUGAAGCCUUCAGAUAAAGACCGCAGGCUGUCCAUCGAGGUGUGGGACUGGGAUCGGACCACCAGGAAUGACUUCAUGGGGUCCCUUUCCUUUGGAGUGUCAGAGCUCAUGAAAGCUCCAGUGUGUGGCUGGUAUAAACUAUUGUGCCAGGAGGAGGGAGAGUACUACAAUGUUCCUAUAUCAGAGGAGGAUGAUGGUAAUGAGGAGCUGAGGCAGAAAUUUGAGAAAGCCAAGCUAGGCCCGACGAAGAAGGUGAUCACCGAAACGGACGAUAGCCAAUCCAUCCAGCUUCCAUCUAACAGCCUGGACCAGGUCAAACUCGGCGAUUUCUCCUUCCUGGCUGUACUGGGAAAAGGUAGCUUUGGCAAGGUCAUGCUAGCUGAGAUGAAGACCAGUGAGGAGCUGUAUGCGAUUAAGAUCCUGAAGAAGGAUGUGGUGAUCCAGGACGAUGAUGUUGAAUGUACAAUGGUGGAGAAGAGAGUCCUGGCCAAACAAGACAAGCCACCCUUCCUCACACAUCUCCACUCAUGCUUCCAGACUGUGGACCGCCUGUACUUUGUCAUGGAGUAUGUGAACGGGGGAGACCUGAUGUACCAUAUUCAACAAGUGGGCAAGUUCAAGGAGCCUCAGGCGGUAUUCUAUGCAGCAGAGAUUGCUGUCGGCCUCUUUUUCCUUCACACUAAUGGAAUCAUUUACAGGGAUCUGAAGUUGGACAACGUUAUGCUGGAUGCUGAGGGGCACAUUAAGAUCGCUGACUUUGGCAUGUGUAAAGAGAACAUCUCUGAAGGAGUGACGACACGGACCUUCUGUGGCACCCCAGACUACAUAGCUCCAGAGAUCAUUGCGUAUCAGCCGUACGGGCGCUCCGUCGACUGGUGGGCGUAUGGAGUUCUACUCUAUGAAAUGUUGGCUGGACAGCCUCCAUUUGAUGGGGAAGAUGAAGACGAGUUGUUCCAGUCCAUUAUGGAGCACAACGUGUCCUACCCAAAGUCUCUCUCCAAAGAAGCCGUCUCCAUCUGCAAAGGGUUGAUGACCAAACACCCUUCCAAGCGCCUGGGCUGCGGGUCUGAGGGGGAGAGGGACAUCAGAGAGCACGCCUUCUUCAGACGGAUCGAUUGGGAUCGCCUCCGGAACAGAGAGAUUCAGCCUCCCUUCAAGCCCAAAGUGUGCGGCAAAGGGGCGGAGAACUUUGACAAGUUCUUCACGCGCACCCAGCCCCAGCUCACGCCACCCGACGAGCUGGUCAUCGCUAACAUCGACCAGGCAGAGUUUGCAGGGUUCUCUUUCAUCAACCCACAGUUCACUUACCCGCCAAGUGUCAACAGCAUAUGAGGAGGAUGAAGAACGUCCCUCCCCGCUUACUGCCAUCAACUGUUAACACCUGACUAAAACUUAAUGUCCCUCAGUAGACUCUAAUAUAUUGGUGUAAUUCAUAAACAAGACUCACGGGCAUGCAUAUUUGCUUUGUACAAUAUUUUUGCCAGUAAAGAUUAUACAUUUAAUAGAUUACAUUGGUUCUUGCUGCAAAUGACCUAAUUUUCUUUAGUCAUGACAAGCAUGCCCUAUAGAUAGGAUGUGUCUCUGUAACAUGGAAGCGCUGAAGCAAAGAGGUGUCAGGAUUAAUUAAGCUGCGCCAGUAUAAAACUUAUAAAAGACAAUAAUCUGUUUACAAUUCUCAAUGGACAAAAAUGCUGUUCAGAGAUCUGAGUGGUGGGGGAAUAGUUUUUUAGCUAUGUGGAUAAUCUAAAUACAAAACAUAUAUAAGGAAUAGUAGAUGCUAUAGCCAAAUAUGAUGGACAGGUGGUGCAGGUGUCAAAACUGCACCUCGUGAUUCAAUGUUUCCUGUAUCAUGUUUACAGCUUUCUUCUCGUUUUAUUUCAUGGUGAUGAUGGUAUAAAAUGACAUUUUUAGUACAAAAUUAUAUAAGCCAGUCUCAGCUUCCUGCAUGUGUAGCAAGUCAACUAAAGAAGGAGUAGUGACGUGAUGAACGCUGUCAACAAACUUAAUGAGAGACACAUUGGCAUGAAAGCAUUACUUCUAAUUUGUCAAUACGUUUAGGUGUGAAAAAUGAUCAUUGACACAGCUGUUUCUUUGCCCUUAUUGAACUGCAUACUGCACAUUUACUAAGUAAAUAAUGUUGGGAUCUGUUCUGAGCAGCAUCAAACAUGGUUAUGUUUACUGUGAAAUCAAAAGGCCCUGGAAUUACAGCCUGUCAGGUUUAAACUUCAGUUAAUGACUGUUCCUGCCCCACAAUCUAGCGUGACAACGAAUACCCAUCAUUGACCAUAAAUGUCUUAACAGACACUGUAAAGACAUUUAGUCUGAUGUCAUGAUGUUGUUACCAUGCAAUGUUUUGUCACAGGCAGUAUCCUCCUCAGUUGUUUUUUUUUAGUUCUUUUUCACUUUGGUGUCACGAGAACAAACUUGUUUUUUAUUUGGAGUCGGCAUAAUCUUGCUCAUCUUUUAGUGUCCCUUCUUGUUUCUGUUCAUUAGAGCUAGAUCUGUUUUUACUUUCCUCUUGUAUUUGUGUUCGCUCACAUAUUUUCCCAUUAGAUCAGAUUGUUUAAUUUAACAAAAAUCAGUGUGUAACUCCCUUGUAAAUAAUUAUUUAAAAGAAGCAAAACAAAUACAUUUUAUACCAAUAUAUGAAUGUGCUUUUAUGACAUCAGUUAGAUAAGCCAAUAUUUGUAUGAUGUGUAAAACCUUAACAUCUCAGAGCAAAGCCCAGUUCAGAUCACUUUUGUAACACCUGGAUGUCUGUGACAGAGUCCCAAUUUAGCAGGUUAUGAAAAUUAUCUACACUGCUUGCUCUGUCAGAUUUGAUUUUACUUUUUAAAAUCAUGAUCAGUAAUUUUGACUGCAAUCUUGUAUUGAUCAGACGUGUUUCUAGCUGUUAACUCCCUCUGUGUCUGCAUGCUGUUGGUAUACAUUAUUCAUGGAAGUGAUGCAUGCUGCGAACUACGACGCUCCAAUGAAUGACAUGUCAAAGUGGCACUCAAAUUAUAACUUUAGAGGAAGGGUCACCUCUGCAGUCUUCUAGUAAAUAUUUGUAUUGUGUAAAACUGACUCUGACUGACAGAAAUCUCUGGCCAAGAGUCCAAGGUGUCAAAAUUGUAACGUCUCGAACCGCUUACAUCACAAAUACAUUGGCUGUCUGUCUGUAUGCUCAGUGUGUUGUAAGCGUGACAAGUUUACAGGAGGAAAAUAUGAAAUGCUCAAAAGAUUUAGAUCCAGAUUUCCUAACCCUGAUGAACAAAUAGGGAGGUCCCAAUUCUGUUGGAGAGGUCUAGAAGCUGGAAGCUGACUUUUAACCCCCAAACAGGGUUUGUGCCAGUAAAUCUGGGCCUGGCUGUGGUGUUUCAUUGGGAAUUAUGGAUUCAGAUAGGACAUUAGGAUUAGGAUUCAGAAAAGUGGGUCAUUGAACUUCAGUCAUCAAAGGAAGGCUGAUCUGAAACCAGCUGAACUUUAAGUGACACAGCUGUGCUGAUGCUCAGGUUAAAAGCUUUGAGUGAAAAAAAGAGCAAUUUUGACAAAACAGUGCAUAUAUGUGAUCUUCAGAGGUUGAAUAAGUAAAAUUAUGUUUUAUUACAGCUAAUAGAUUUCAGUUGAUCCGACUGUUUUGGAAAGCUUGUUGCAGCUGCUGGUUCCAUAUCAGUAUUCUCAAUGUACAUACAGUACGCUCUGUAGCCGUUGGUUGCUCUUACCUUUUCCUUAGGAUGUUCAUUAGCACAAAAUCCAGUUGUGACUCAGAAGAAGUAGACUCUAGACGCCUGUUGUCUAGUGGGUCUCUAGUUUCUCAUGAUUAGGGUUUUCUUUCUUAAUUGUUGCUGUUUACUUUUGGCUUUUGUUAUUUGUUAUCUUGGUUUUCUGUUUUAUUCCUCUAGCUCGUCUUCAAGGGAUUUAUCAAAGGAUGUAUCACAAUUUUAAAAAUCUGAUAUGUUAGUAACUGUUGAAACCUAUUAUUCUGUCCACAAGUUGCACUCUCCUACCACGUUUCUCUAUCUUUUACGACCUUUUGCAUGUGCCAAACCUGGAUAACACCGAAACCCACCAAUAGCAGUCUUGCUUUAGCGUUAGCUGUAGUCACAUGGAAGACUUUGUGCAGCUUCUCCGUCGGCCACUUCACAUUUGGUAGCAUGCUGCCGUUACGACACCAGUCCACAUCGUGUCAGUAAACUUAACAGUGCCAGUCAGUUUGGUAGUUGAUGUAAUGUGCAGGUUAUUAGACUCUUCUGUUAUUAUUUGAUCCUCUUCUAGAAAUGUGUCUUAAACUUUUAAAUAUUCCUUGUACAUACUCUGAGUCCUGCUUAAGCCUAACUUGCACCUCUGUAUGUACGAAUGCCUGGCUGCAUCCCUUUAAUAGAGCGUCUGAUGACUUGCUGUUUCAGUCCGUCAAGUCACAGGUAAUGUUAGAGAAACAAAGAUCUUUCCUUGUGUGCCUUCCCAAGCUUGUACAGUUGUACUGUACAUGUCUUUUUAAUAUUCAUCAACUUUGUUCUCACCUAAACCCUUUAUACAGUUUUAUUCCUUUACCAUAUAUUGUGUUGUUAAAUAGCAUCCAAACUAGUUAAUUAACACAGUUUUUGUUUAACGGUACUCCAUCUUUCUGUUAUAUCAUCUAUUGAAGUCUAUGUCAACGUAAAUUGUAGGUUGAAUUUAAAAAAAAAAUAGGAUAAAACUAAGUUUUAGCUAUGGAUGGCACGUUUUCAGUUUGAACAAGUACAACUGGAUUAUUCUUUAUGUUCACUCGCUUAACCUUUACCUUAUUGUGUCUGUCACUGCCUGAAAAAUGUGGAGAAUUGAUUAAUUAAUAUAUCCACAAUACGAAAGAGAGAAAGAAACUGGUUAAUGUGGAAGGUGAAGGACCAGUGGGUAGGUGGAUUAGAUUCUGCUAAAUGAAUGUUCGGAUGAAUGAUGAAGGCUGGAGAAACCCUUGUGCCUCGUCACACUGAACCACCCCUCUUUCCUCUGUGCCUGGGCCAAGUCGAUCCAUCACCUUAUCAAUAAUUUCCUCCUCCUUUCACCUGUAAAAAUCCAAGAUCAGUAAAGCAGUUGAUUUCCCUUGAGCGCUUCACUCAUCAGAGAUGGCAUCAAUUCCAACCGCUGCUCUUGUCUCUGCUACAUCUCACGAAUGCCUCAGGGGAAAGGAGUUAGCCAAAUGUCUCAACUGUUUUACUUUUUUAUGUUCGUGCUGAUGUCCUCACCUCUUUGGAUUUAAUCAAUUCUGUAAAGAUGUAACAAAUAGAAGAUUUUCUUUCUAAAUUGGCACCUCUUACAGUCUUCUCCUUUCAAUGAGAAUGGUACAACUUAUUGAUUCUAGAUUGUCAUUAUUCUUUGCUGUAUCUUAAAUAAAGUAAACCAUCUUCUUGGCCAUGCUGGGUACAGGAUCAGUGACGUGCAAGAAUGCCUUACAUCUGAACCCACACAACAACGCAAUCUCUUUAACUUAGAGUCUCUGCACCCCUGUCCUUGUACAAAAAUGACACUUACAGUAUGUAUCUCCAGAAUCUGUAAAAGAAAGAACUUGUAUUUUGCAAAUGGUGUAUGUUAGUUUUUUUUCCCUUGUCAGCCUGAAACCUUUAAAAUGAGUCUGAGCAACUUAACCUUGUAACUGAUUGUGUCAUUUGUACCUAAUGUAUGAUAAUGCAAAUAAAUAAAAGGCAAAAUUAGGUCCAUA